UUGGCCGAAGCGAUGGCGGCUUUGACAGACGUGCAGCGGUUACAGGCUAGGCUAGAAGAGCUGGAACGCUGGGUGUAUGGGACAGGCGAGACGCGCGGCUCUCGGAAGGUAGCUGAUGGCUUGGUUAAGGUGCAGGUGGCUUUGGGGAACAUUUCCAGCAAAAGAGAGAGGGUUAAAGUCCUGUAUAAAAAGAUUGAAGACCUGAUAAAAUACCUGGAUCCUGAAUACAUUGAUCGAAUCUCUGUUCCUAAUGCUGCCAAAUUGCAAUUCAUCUUAGCAGAGGAACAGUUUAUUCUCUCCCAAGUGGCGCUCCUGGAACAGGUAGAGACUCUGGCUCCGCUCCUGGACAGCUCUCACAUCAAAGCUGUUCCCAAGCAUGCUACCAGACUGCAGGCUCUGUCCCAGAUCCACAUCCAGCAGCAGGAUCAGUGUGAGGAAGUCACUGAAGCGACUAAGGCACUCCUAGAAGAGUACAACAAGAUGACGAUUCUCCUCUCCAAGCAAUUUGUCCAGUGGGAUGAGCUACUGUCUCAUCUGGAGGCAGCAAAACAAGUUAAACCUGCAACAGAGUGAGGGAAGGCAUUUGUAGGUCGACCCCCCUCUUAGAACAUGUUCACCCCUCAGGGUCCUCCAUUUCCCUGUAUUGGAUAUCCGAGUCACCACUCCAGGUGGGUGUGAGCUGCCUGUGCCCCCCAGAUUGAUAUCUUCCUCUUGUACUUGGGAUGGGGAUUGGCCAUGUAUUUAUUAGAGUUUGGGGGAAGGGGUUUGAGGGACUACUGUUCUCUAGGCAGCCCCAAUUUGAAGGUGGGGGGAAAGGGAAAAGUCAGGGUGACUUGUAGAGAUGUAGGCCUUGGCCCUGGGAUCCUUUUUAUUCCCGGCUAUAUCAUGAUCCUUCUGUUAACUCCCCACUCUCGCAUAACCAAUACCACACGAGGAAAAUGGAACUCUGUUGUCCUUAUUACUGUAAUAAUAAAGAAAUGACACAUUAAAAAAAA